UAUACAUGGUUGAUCUUGAUGACGACGAUAAUUGUCACAAACCAGGUGACGAUACACCAACAACAAAUUGUACUAGUGAAGAGUGCAUGAAUACUUUCGCCUAUGUGAGCGAUGAAAUUAUUUCCAUCACCCGCACAUGCAGCUUCCCUUUUCCAUGCACAGAAUCUGAGAUCAUCCUCUUUGGAACCGGAGCGAAGACAACAUGCUGUGAAACAGAUAAAUGCAAUGUUGAAAGUGGAGCUGCCCAUGAUAUUGUCUCAUUCAUUACUAUAGUAACCUCAGUUGCUUUCGCCAUAUUGUUUGUUUAGCAUGAGAAGGAACCAUUAGUAGCUGGUGUUAUAUAUACUUGCAUGUUUUAUAAUUGUAUCUCAUGUAAUUAUUAGUCAUUAAAAG